UUUACGCCUGCGCGCACAGGCUUGGCUCCUCCCUCGGAGGUAAGAAGGAAAGAGGCAUGGAAGGAAGAUCGGAAGCUUCUCUUACGUAGAGGACGUUGGAUUGACUUGGGAUUGGCUGAAAAAUGAAUCCCCAAUCUUCCAUCAAGUUCUUCAAAAAAAUUCUAAUUUUGGAAAUUAUUGGAGUUCUGGGGGCAUAUACUUUGUAUUACAAAAUGAACUCGAGUGAAGAUUUCAGACAUAAAAUGAAGCGAAGGUGGCCAUCUGUUUUGGAAGUAUAUUACAAGAGUAAUGAGUGGGCUGGUAUUUAUGGGCUCAAAGAGAUGGAUGAAGAGAAAUGGCUUACAAAAAAACCCUAAAAGUAAGUAGAAACAAUUUGGUAGUAGUUAAUAUCAAAAGAAUUUACAUUUAUUUUUUUCGCUUGUAUUUUUGUUUGUUUUUCAGUGGUUUAUGC